GAGUCUGCAACGUCAACCACCAGAACAAAGCCGGCUACACUGCCCUCAUGCUGGCUGCCUUGGCCGCUGUGGAGCGGGAAGAAGACAUGGCUGUCGUCCAGAGACUCUUUGCCCUGGGCAAUGUUAAUGCGAAAGCCAGCCAAGCAGGCCAGACGGCUCUUAUGCUCGCCGUGAGCCACGGCAGGCAGGAGAUGGUGGAGGCCCUGCUGGCUUGUGGAGCAGACAUCAACCUCCAAGACGAGGAAGGCUCCACCGCCCUCAUGUGCGCUUGCGAGCACGGGCGGGCGGGCACCGUGCGGCUUCUCUUGUCUCGGCCCACUUGCGAUGCGUCCAUCGUGGAUAACGAUGGCAACGAUGCCGUCUCCAUAGCCCUGGAGGCGGGACACCGCGACAUAGCAGCACUGAUAUCCACUCAGCUUACGCAAUCAGCAGCUCAGUCACCUGACCAGAGCGGCAAGAGGAGCCCCAGAAGACAACUCUAGGCCUGGGAUCGCACGGGAGGGCCCAAUUCACUGACCAGCAAGUAGUUCUACAGGCCACUUCUAUCCUACACUUCUGUCGUCCUGUGUGUGUAGGUCUAUCUUGUACCACUUAAGGGACCAGGUUUAACCAGGAAUACCAGGCUUGUGACGUAGAGGCCGGCAACAGUAAACCACCGUGCCUUGAAAGCCCCCACCAGGUGAGUCACCACAAGUUGGCUGAGACCUGGCAGCAAGACAAAGUUCAAAAACUUACUUUGAAGCAAAAGUUUAUUCGUUUCCCGAGGUGCCCUGGGAUUCCCAUACAAUACAAUCCAAUCCAAUAUAAAUAAGUGCAAUUUCUUAAGCUUAACACCUCAGUGAAUGAAUUCAUCAUUUGCAGAACUCAAGAUGUCGAUUCCCCCCCCCCACGGUGAGAACUUGAAGCCUGUCCCUUCAAGUCCUCCCCUACCUUGCAUGUAUGAUAGCUUUCUGGGGGCCCCCAUCUCACCGUGUGUGUGUGGGGGCAUCCCCCAAGACCCUCCCUUUUUACUUCUUCUACUAGCAGCAUUCUUGCCUCGCCCGUUUUGCUGCAAUCUGUGGUUUUUCUUCGGCCCAGGAGUUUGGUG